CGUGAAGCAGCUGCUGCAGCAUGCGACCAAAGGAACGGACACCGCGGAGCUGAAGAGCCUCUUUCGGGUGCAGGCACCCGCUAAGAUCGAGGGCGUGGCGGUAUCCGGAGGACAAGGUGGAGGCGCUGCAGGAGGCGGCAGUAAGCGCAACUUCAAUCUGAGCUGGGACACCACGCUCUCCGAGGGGCUCGAGGUGUUGGAGCACGAGGACCACGAUGAGCAGGACUUGGUGAAGGCCGAGGCCGACUUCAGGACGCUGCGCGCCACCUUGGACGCCAAGGAGACGGAGGUGGCCGCCAGAACCAGGGCGGAGAAGCUUCGGAAGGAGGCGUCCGAGCGGCCCACCAAGAAGAGGAAGGUGCAGGAGGAGCUGAAGCCUGGCGCAGCACGCGACGUCGCAGUCGACACAAAGGGCGACGAGGAGCUGCUGCCUGAGGCGGCGGUGAAGCUGUCCAAGGCCAGAUUUGAGGCGCAGCAGCAGCUCCUCCUGGAGCAGCAGGCGCAACCGGGCAAGGCCGUGGGCAAGGGCAAGGGCGCGGCAGCGGGCCAGCUGGGCAAGGGGUCGGCGGGGAACGGUUUCAGUGGUUUUUCUUCGCCAGUGUCACGGCGUUGGAAGUUCUUCACCAAGGGCGGAUGCGACUUCGCGGGCGUCACCGAGACGCACGUCCGCGAAGCUACUUUCAAAGCAUGGGUCAAGAAGGUCCGAAGGGCUGCAUGUCGCAGUUCGGCGAAUCACGCGAGACCUCGGUGCAAACAGGUCUCGAAGUGGAUGGAGUCGGGAUCACACGAGGGCGGCGAGUGGCGCAUGUCCAAGCAGCACUUGCGGGUGCAGAGGUUCUUCGCGUCGGCUCAGGCAUCCCUUCGGCUUAGCGCUCCAG